CUAAGCAUUUGCCCCACCUGGAUUUUCGACUUCAGAAUAACGAACCUUUCAACUUCCAAGUUUCAACUAAACUCGCUGUUGCAUCUCACCAUCUCAACGAGGAAGAACUCUGAAAAAUUCCAAAUCAUGGCGACCACAAAGACGACAACGACGUCGUUGCUCCCGCCGACGCAGAGAUACGCUGCCGGAGCAUUGUUCGCAAUCGCUCUUCACCAAGCCCAAAUCCAUCAAACCCAACCGCUAGGCUUGCCUCCGCACGAUGAACCAACGGAAGGGGAGCGAAUCAGUAGUAGUAGCAGUAACAGUAGCGACUCAGUAUCCGAGGACCCUGAUCUCUGGGUCCACGAGAACUCAGCUCUGCUCCGCCCUGUUUUCAGAUUUCUAGAGGUUGAUUCUAAUGCGUGGCCCGGACUUGAGGAGACUGCCGGCUCUUCUCCGGCUAAGCAUCAUGUUGGAGCAUUCCUGAGUUUACUCUCUGAAGAUGGCGAUGAUGCUUCUUCUCAAAGUUCAGAUCAGGAACUUGCUUUGUCCAAGGCUGUUGAUGCUAUUGCACAAAACAUGGAAACAAAUGCUGAUUCUUACAAGUCUAAGAAGGAGAAGCAUAGGGAGUAUGAAAAUGAAUGUCGUGAAAAAUUAUCUGCUGGUGAGGUGCAAUCACACUCUGAAGCAGUGAAGAUGCCCUUAGAAACUGCAGAGGAGAGGGAUAAUGAUUUGGUUGGUGUCAACUGUGGACAUCACGGCUCUACCAGUAGAGUUGAUGAGAAACCCAUUGAAGAGGGAAAAAUGCUUAGUUAUCAUAGGAAAAUAACAGUUUUAUAUGAGCUUCUUUCAGCUUGUCUGGCAGAUAAACGUGGAGAUAAUACAAAAUGUGCCAGGCGAAGAAAGGGCUAUGAUGCUCGACAUCGUGUGGCUCUGAGGUUGCUGGCAACUUGGCUUGACAUCAAGUGGAUAAAAAUGGAAGCCAUUGAGACAAUGGUUGCUUGCUCUGCAAUGGCUAUAGCAAAGGAGGAAGAAUCAAAGCAAGAAGCAAGUCAAUCGGCUGAAAGCAAGUGGGCUAAAUGGAAGCGUGGUGGUAUAAUUGGUGCAGCUGCAAUAACUGGAGGAACCUUGUUGGCUAUUACUGGAGGAUUGGCAGCCCCAGCAAUUGCUGCAGGAUUUAGUGCUCUGGCUCCCACGUUGGGCACUCUUAUCCCUGUGAUUGGAGCGAGUGGAUUUGCGGCUGCUGCUACUGCUGCGGGAACAGUUGCUGGUUCUGUUGCUGUUGCUGCAUCAUUUGGAGCUGCUGGAGCUGGACUUGCAGGGACAAAAAUGGCUAGGAGAACUGGAAGUGUUGAUGAAUUUGAAUUCAAAGCUAUAGGGGAAAACCACAACCAAGGAAGACUAGCAGUUGAGAUCUUGGUCUCAGGUUUUGUAUUUGACAAGGAAGAUUUUACAAGGCCUUGGGAAGGACAAAAUGACAACUUAGAGAGGUAUGCGCUGCAGUGGGAAUCUAAAAAUCUUAUUGCAGUGAGUUCUGCUAUUCAAGAUUGGCUUACGUCAAGAAUUGCAUUCGAGUUAAUGAGGCAAGGUGCAAUGAUGACUGUGUUAAGCACGCUUUUGGCAGCAUUGGCCUGGCCAGCAACAUUACUUGCAGCUACUGAUUUUAUAGAUAGCAAAUGGACAAUUGCUGUUGACAGAUCGGAUAAAGCAGGAAAACUGCUAGCUGAAGUGUUAAUGAAAGGAUUGCAAGGGAACAGGCCUGUGACACUUGUGGGUUACUCGCUUGGAGCUCGAGUUAUUUUUAAGUGUCUUGAGACUUUGGCUGCUACUGAACAUCAUGCUGAAAUUGUAGAAAAAGUUAUUCUUCUUGGAGCGCCCAUCUCUAUUAAAGGCGAGAAGUGGGAAGCUGCAAGAAAGAUGGUGGCUGGGAGAUUUGUGAAUGCAUACUCCACAAAUGAUUGGACACUUGGAGUUGCUUUUCGUGCAAGUCUACUUUCUCAAGGAUUAGCUGGAAUUCAACCAAUCAAUGUUCCAGGGAUCGAGAAUAUUGAUAUUACUGAUAUUAUUGAAGGCCACUCUUCCUAUCUAUGGGCUACACAGCAGAUUUUGGAGCAGCUUGAAUUGGAUGUUUACUAUCCUGUUUUCAGAAGCACCGUUCACCAUGAGUAGAAAAUAUUUGGAAAAUUUGGUAUACUUCAAAUAUAAACUAGACUUGGAUUGAGAUUGCUUUAAAUUCUUGCAUCUCAUUGUGGGGGAAGUCGUGUUUCUGGUUGAGCGAAGUCAGCUUAGCAUGUUUAUGAUAGAGCUAACUCCGAUUUCUCAUGGUUCAAAUUUUCUUUCGUUUUAUUACAUAUUGUGAACGAACGGAUGCCUAUUAUUUGGUUUAUAUAAUUAUUUGUGUAUCUCAGCAUCAUUUUCUUA